AUGUCUGCCCAGGAUCGCGUUCAGAACUACAUCGGUCAGCUCGACCGUGAGCUGUCCAAGUACCCCGCCCUGAACAACAUCGAGAAGUCGACCAACGUUCCCAAGGCCUACGCUGUCAUCGGCGUUGCUUCCCUCUACUUCUUCCUCAUUAUCUUCAACCUGGGCGGUCAGCUCUUGACCAACUUUGCCGGCUUCGUGAUUCCGGGUUAUUACUCCCUCAACGCUCUGUUCACCACCAGCAAGCAGGAUGAUACCCAGUGGCUGACAUACUGGGUUGUUUUUGCCUUCUUCACCGUUGCCGAGAGCCUUGUCAACGUUGUUUACUGGUUUCCCUUCUACUUCACCUUCAAGUUCGUUUUCCUGCUGUGGCUCGCUCUGCCCACCUUCCGCGGUGCUGAGAUCAUCUUCAACUCCUUCCUCUCCCCCAUGCUCGCCAAGCACUUCGCCGGUGCCUCCACCGCUUCCGGCCUCCGCGCCCAGGCUGGUAAGGCUGAGUAA